AUGCCCCCCCGGACUUCGAUCCUCUUUUUAGCCCUUGCAGGCGCAGGUAUUGUCUCUGCACAAACCUUUCAGAGACUUGGAACAUGUCCAACUUUAGGAUGUGUUUUCCCUCCUGAUCAAACAGACUUUUUGGCUGGCCAACUAUUUGACAUUCGUCUCGAAGUUCAUGCUCCUGUCAAUGGUAGCGAAGCUUAUAACGGAGGUAUCGUGAACGAGAAGUUCAGUUUUUGCAUCCAAAGCGGAAAGGGCUCGUGCCAGGAUGUUACUACUUUCUUCAAAUUGCGGGACCCAGCUUUGGAAAAAUGGAGCUUUUCAUACUUCGAGGAUCUCUUCGCCAGAGAUGCAGGCGAGAUAACGGUUGUAAACGUCGCCUCGAAAGCUUACCGUGCUCCCGGAACGUACAAGGCGAAGUUGACUUACAACGGCGGUAGUACCACUGUUGCGACUUGGACAGUACGCGAGCCUGCGACACAGCGCAAAGCAAAAAAUGUUCUGCUCUUUAUUGGCGAUGGAAUGACACAGCCCAUGAUCACAGCAGCACGACUAAUUGCCCACAAGUCGAUUAAUGGAAAGUAUCAAAGUCUAAUGCAAAUGGACCAGAUGGAUAACCUUGGACAUCAAAUGACACAUUCCGUUGAUUCAUUUAUCACCGAUUCCGCAAAUUCCGCCACCGCCCUUUACACUGGAAAGAAGUCUUCAGUUAAUGCUUUAAAUGUUUACGCAGAUAGCUCCAAAAACUCUUUCGACGACCCUAAGAUUGAGACUAUUGCUGAGCUCUUCCGCAGACGCAUUGGUGGCGCCCUGGGGAUUGUAUCAACAGCUUUCAUCGCUGAUGCGACUCCAGCUGCCCUCUGCGCUCAUACCCGUGAUCGUGGCCAGUACGCGGCAGUCGUGACCGAAUACCUCUACGGUGCCAGCGCUGUCAACGCUUCUUAUGCCUGGCCGACAAGUUGUGACGCCCCUGAUGUUAUUUUCGGGGGUGGAGCUGAACAAUUUAUCGCUGGAAAAGGAUCCCCAAAUGGCACCGACUUUUACAAGGCGUUCGAAACGAAAGGCUACAAUGUUAUCUACAGCAACACAGAGCUGAAGAGUGCCCCUGUUAAAGAAAAGACGCUGGGCAUCUUCUCCACUGGAAAUAUGGCCAAAUGGAUUGAUCGUAAUGUUUUGACCGAAAAUCUUAACGGAUUGAAAAAUAGCCCAACAGGAGACGGCUCUGACGCCACUGACCAACCCGGGUUGAAGGAUAUGACACUGAAAGCCAUUGAUAUUCUACAGGCCAGAACCAAGAGGAAUUCGGGAUGGUUCAUGAUGUCCGAGGCUGCUAGUAUCGAUAAGAUGAUGCACGCUCUUGACUAUGACCGCGCAUUGGGAGAACUCCUCGAACUUGACGAUACCAUCCGAGCGUCUAUUGCCCAUCUGAAGAAAAUAGGCGAAUAUGAGAAUACUUUAAUUGUAGUCACAGCUGAUCAUGGUCAUGGCUUCGACGUUUUUGGUGGGGCUGAUACUAAAUAUAUUGCUGCCCAAAGGGACGAUAGGUCAAAGCGAGGGGGUGUCGGCACUUACGGCGAGUCUGGCCUUAGUGGAUAUACUGUGUCUGAAGGUUCCCUUCCCAACAACAACACCAUUGUAUACGGGAGCCAAGGUCCAAAUUUCCCUGUGCAAUGGAACCCACGAUACACCUAUGCUGCGGGCUUCGGGGCAAACCCUGAUCACCGUGAAUCCUAUGUCCUCAAUACGGAAGGUCCCCGUGUAGCUACUGUUUCUUCUCCAGAGGGUAUUGUGGUAAACCCUACCGACAAUGUUGACGGUUUUAAUGUUGGAGGAACUAUCGGUACCACCGAAAGCCAAGGCGUUCACUCGCUACAAGAUGUUUCUGUAUUCGCUAAUGGACCUGGAUCAGAAGCAUUCCGCGGCGUCUACAGCGCUGUAGACAUUUUCUUCAAGAUGGCGGAUGCUCUUGCCCUCGGCAGAGCUAAUAAUUAG